AUGAAACAAUACCGUCUCGGUACUUGGAAGAGGUUACCGCCUUGUAUGCAAAACGUGCUUCCCAAGAGAUGCACCGCAUCAGCUUGUGGAGACUGGAGAGGUGAGGAAGUACAAGGCAACUCCGUAAGACUUGCUACACAAUCAGACAGUGAUAAGUUGGACGAUGAUCAUCUCAUUAUUUCCAAGCUCCCUUCCUUGAGAGCUCAGGCUGAUAUUCUUGCCUCUACACUAGUAGUUUCUUCUCUGCCUCCUCAGCAGCUGUCUUGUAACAUUCUCAUUCUGAGUGGCUGCAAGCUUGAGCUGAUGAAUCGCAUCUUUCAUAUCCCCAAAUCUCUUUGGAAAGCUCCCUGGUUUAGAGCCGUGGCUUUGAAGUCCGUUGCGGAAACAAAGCUCUGUCUAAUUCUGUUGAACUUGUUCUCUGGCAACAUCAAGUUCCUGGUGGUGAGGAGGGGACCCAUGGGACUAAUCAUGCUCAAACUAUAUUCUGGGGAUCUGAUCGAAACAAUUGAAAAACCUUCCUGCUGGCCUGCGUUGCAGUUUGAGGUGAGAGAGAUCAAGAGAGAACUGCAGGCUUUUGAAGCGUGGGAACUAAGGAUUGGGUCUUCGAAUACAAUCAGAUGUGCAUCUUUCAUUGCUCAGAGUGUGAGAAACUUAGGUCUCACUCAGUCUUAUGUAGCUGCUGGUCAUCCAAGAUGGUUGGAUCAUAUCUAUGCGAAUGACAGAAGUACAUCUGGUGUGGUUGUGAUGCAAGCUGUGUUGCUUGGAGGUGUUGUUGUAUGGAACCAAAUCGCAAUACAUCGCUACAGCCUGGCACAUAGUAAUCGCGAUCCAACCACCUCUCGCCACGUGGCGGUAGUUGGAGCCGGAGCCGCCGGGCUCGUGACUGCUCGUGAGCUACGGCGUGAAGGCCACUCAGUGGUCGUGUUAGAGCGCGGGAGCCAGAUUGGAGGCGUGUGGACUUACACCUCUCAAGUGGAACCUGACCCGCUAAGCCUCGACCCUACCCGACCCGUAGUCCACUCGAGCGUUUACAAAUCCCUACGCACCAACAUCCCCCGAGAGUGCAUGGGUUUCACCGACUUCCCUUUUGCGGCCCGACCACACGACGGGUCAAGGGAUCCGAGAAGACAUCCGGGUCACAGUGAGGUUCUUGCUUACCUGCGAGACUUUGCUAAGGAAUUCGAUGUAGAGGAGAUGAUAAGGUUCGAGACGGAGGUUGUUAGGGCGGAACCGGCGGCGGAUGAGGAGAAUAGAGGGAAGUGGAGGGUGGAGUCUAGAAGCUCCGAUGGUGCUGCCGAUGAGAUAUACGACGCCGUCGUGGUUUGUAACGGACACUAUACAGAGCCACGGCAUGCUCAUAUCGCUGGCAUAGAUUCAUGGCCAGGCAAGCAAAUUCAUAGUCAUAAUUACCGUGUUCCUGAUCCAUUCAAAGAUCAGAUAGUAAUAGUGAUCGGAAGCUCAGCGAGUGGCGUUGAUAUAAGCAGAGAUAUAGCAAAAGUCGCUAAGGAAGUCCACGUCUCGUCUAGAUCGACUUCACCAGAUACCUACGAGAUGCUUCCCGGUUACGACAAUCUAUGGCUUCACCCAGUGAUUGAAACUGCCCGCAUAGAUGGUUCAGUGGUUUUCCAAAAUGGAAAGACGGUUUACGCAGAUACCAUAAUGCAUUGUACCGGGUACAAGUAUUACUUACCAUUUCUUGACACAAAAGGCGAAGUGACGAUCGAUGAUAAUCGCGUUGGACCGUUGUAUAAGCAUGUAUUUCCUCCGGCUCUUUCCCCCGGACUUUCUUUCAUCGGUUUACCAUGGCAGAUCACUCCUUUUCCGAUGUUUGAGCUUCAAAGCAAGUGGGUCGCAGCGGUUUUAUCUGGACGAGUAUCUCUCCCAUCGCAAGACGAGAUGAUGGAAGACAUCAAGGCUUUCUAUAAUAAGCUCGAAGCCUCGGGUAUUCCCAGGCGAUAUACGCAUUUGAUGCCAGAUGACUCCCAGUUUGAAUACGAUAAUUGGCUUGCGGAUCAAUGUGACUAUCCACGGAUAGAGAAAUGGAGAGAAGAAAUGUUUUACAUUGGCUUCAAGAGAAUUUAUGCACAAUCCGCUACUUACAGGGAUAAUUGGGACGAUGAUCACCUCAUCGUAGAAGCAUACGAUGAUUUUGUUAAGUUUAUGUCAAGCUAUCCCGAACUUUUGCCGUUGCUGAAAACCUAAACGGGUGAUAAAUAUGACUUGGAAGCUUUGUUAUGUGAAGAAGGUGCGUGUGUAUGUUUUGUAAGUGUUUCUUGUGGCUACUUUGUUUCCAAAAUGUGAAAACGUAGAGUAACAAGCCUAAUAGCCUAAUAAGAAUGUGGGACUACAUGUAAUAAUAAUGUAUUUUGGGGACUACAUAUAAGAAA